GUUGCGCCACCCCGCCCUCUGGUGGUUGAAACAAAGUCACCUCUGGGCCACCGUAGGCAUCUCAAUCCAACCAGCUGUGCUGCCGUUAGAUUGUCACUUCCUGGGGUUUGCACUAACUGGGGAUGGAAAGGUGUGUUCACUCGAUCACGAGGGCAUCAGGUGUCAGGGACAAACCGUUGAAUUCCGUCCACUAAUAUGGUCUGAUGUUUCUCUCACAUGGGGGAAAUGUCAGCUGCUGCUCCUCAUGGACACCACAUGUAGAAACGACACCUCCCUCCCCGUGUGCUACGAGGAGUCGUCGGGUCCGCUCGCCGUCAUCAUCAUCCCGUCCCUGUUGGCUCUCAGCACAGUCUCGGUGGUGAUCCUGAUCUUCUGCAGCCUGAACAAGCAAAGAGGACAGAGCAGCCCGUCCCAUGCUACCAACGGCCAGCUGAGCGUUCCUCUCUCCGCAGCUCCUCUCAGCACUCCGAGGGGCCGGCAGGACUUGUGUCCGUGGGAAAUCCCAGAAGAGUGUGUGCUGGAGGGACUGGAGUUCUGGCAGACGGGCCGCUACGGCCCCAUUUGUAAAGGUCUGCUGAGGAAGAGAGACGGUUCCUCCUCCGCUGUGGUGGUUAAGUCUCUUCGAGAUGGCCCCGACCGCCCAGAGGCCGGGGAGUUUGUGGAGUGGCUCCUGUUCCACGCCACCGUGUGUAGACACGAGAACGUGGUGCGGAUGUGGCACUGUCAGACCAGGCGUCUGCCCAUGUAUCUGGUCUUGGACGCCUACAGCCCCGGGAACCUCCUCCACUUCCUCUGGACACUCAGAACUGGAGAUCCAAACACAGCAGAUCCGCUGCAGAACUUCUCCGAGAGGUCGGUGUUUCUGGUGGCCAAGCAGGUUGCGGCCGGCCUGGAUUACCUGAUGUCCGAGCACAGGCUGGUGCACGGCGAUGUUGCCGCCAGGAACAUCUUAAUUGGCCCCGGCCUCUCGGCGCGCGUGUCGGGACUGGGCGUGGCGUUUGAAGGUCGCAAAAUGGAUCCAGCGUUGAGGCCGAGGGCGGCAGGGGUGCCUCUGAAAUGGCAGGCUCCGGAGAGGAUCAGGGCGCAGCUCAGCAUCGACAGGAGCGACGUGUGGUCGUUUGGAGUCUUGCUGUACGAACUGGUGACCUUAGGCGCUCCUCCGUAUCCGGAGCUGGAGCCUCUGUCGGUGCUUCCAAAGCUGCAGGCGUCUCACCGGAUGAAGAGGCCAGGGGAUUGUGGAGGACCUCUGUACGAUCUGAUGAAGUACUGUUGGAUGUGGAGUUUCAAGGACCGGCCUGCGUUCUCGGCCGUCGUCAAGCUGCUGGAAGCCUCGCUGCACCUCGCCGCCACCAAGCCCCUCCGCGUUCCCGAGGUCGUAGACAUAUUUGACUACAACAGAAAGGCGGGACUGCUCUCUUGACACGCGUGUGCAAAACAAAUGUGGCGGGACUCAUUAAAAGGAAAUUAUCGACAUACACAAUUAAGUCUGAUUGUCCCUCUGGCUGUAACAUCCUCUCGAGGAGCUGCCUUCCAAUGAAUUUGCACAUCGGUGAUCCAACACAUUGAUGAACUAAGACGGGAGGCAAGUUUAUUGGAGUUUUUCUCUUUAUUGUCAAAAAUCUACAGACUCAAACACACAUAUGUCAUGAAGAUCUUUUUUUUUUUUCAUUUUAUUCAUCAUUGGGAAAAGUACAAUUUUGUAUCUAUAACGCUCUUGGCAUGCAUACAUUACUGUUUGCAAACCAAAACACCCACACAGGAAAAGCUGAAUGCACUAGAGUAGAGUUGUGUUCAAACUGUGAAUGCACGUUACACGGGAGAUUGUUCUUCUUCACAACACUGGAUAUCACAAACCAUGUCAAGAGCCACGGUGGGUUCACACCGACUUCUGGAUCAGUGGACCUCUUCUAUUAAAAAUGUUUUGACUUAUGAAACUCUCCUCCCACUGUUCAGUCUUCCCUCAGAAAUUUCUCUGAGGGAGACUCAGUUGGACUCAUAACCUGUUAACAUUACAAGUUAUGGCUUAUACAAGGUUCAAAUCAAUAAUAAAAAAGCAAAUUGUGAAUGAUGUCAUUCCCCCUUUAUCCUGACAUCUCUAGACAGUAUGGACAAUUUGAAUAUGGGGUGUGAACAGGUCAAUUUACCUGUUGCUCAAUGUUAUUGUCUUCAUCAGGCUCCUGAACAAAUAAAACUAUAUAAUCUCCCCAUUUGUCCCUCUCUCACACACACACACACACACACACACACACACACACACACACACACACAC